AUGAGAAGAAUCGGCUUAGAAAUGCAUUUUUUCUUCACCAAAAAUAAUUUUUGUGAGCCAAAAGCCAUCUUGGUGAAUCAAAAGGCCAUUCUUCAAGCUGAUUCUUCCCAAUCAACAUUUUUUAAUUCCUUUUUAUGGUGAGAUCAAAGGCUGCAUGUAAAAUUUUUAAAAAAAAAAAAAAUUUAUAUUGAACUCAAUAAUUUUAUUUUAUAA